CUUUGCUUGGUGACCUUGCUACUGGAGUCACUCUCAAUCUUGCUCAAAGCAGGUGACCCAAGGACCCACUGCAAAAACAAAGCAGAUUUCGCUUUGCCUGGUUCUUCACUUCGUGUUCUGCUCGUGAAGUCCAUCUUCUGAUCUUCUUUUUCUCGCGUUCUACAACGUUGGACACGAACUUGCCAUUCAAAUCCCUCCUGACAAUAAGCUCAACCUCUUAUCUCCGACAUCAUGGCAGAAUCAAGACCGGAUCACCAUCACCCUCAGCAGCCUUCGCCAUCUCAGACGCUGCCUUCCAUCGCCGCUCUGACGAACGGUCUGCCCAGCUCCAACCAGUACUCUCCCCAGAACCGCCAGCCUUCGCAUCUUCCCUCAAGGGACUCGGGAACAUGGCCGCCGAUACAUCCUCAGAUGAAGCCUGUUGAGUACAUGAACAACCCAUCUCUUCAGGUGUCGACCUUGCUGAACCCGGACGACUCUCAAUCAAGAAACUCGAUACCGAACACACCGACGUCUAACAGGCUGUCUCAACACCAGCACCAGCAACAACAACCCAGUGCUAUGCUGCCGUCGAUCAAUCAAACCUUUGACGCCGGCAAUCGUGGAAGCGUUGACUUCCAUCACGACUCGCGCAGAAGUAGUAUCGACAGCCGAGUCAUCCACGCUGGAAUGACUGACCUGCGCCUCAACAACAAUGGCGCUUCGCCCUACGACAGCCAGAAUGGCUCCCAAGUGUCACUAGCUGCUAGUCUCCGCCGUCCCAACAAUGGAAACCCUCUCUCGCCUCUAAGUGGUCGCAACAGUAUUCGUGGUGGCACUGGCCCAAGAGUUGCGCCUCCCAUUGUCGGCGCUUCUCGAGUUCCUGGUGCUCCCGAUCCAAUGGCCUCAAAGCCCACCCCCGGUCACGCUUGGGCUUUCCCCGACGAUCCGAUCGCUGAAGAAUCCAGACGCGAAUCGAGCAGCGAGGAGUCCGACCGUCAUAGUAUUUCCAGGACCAACAGCUACGCAGCCUCCUCCAUCAGAAGCAGCAUCUUCUCCAACGGCGAAGGUCUUCCUUAUGGCCAGAGAAGGUUCGAUGAUGACACGCCUACUCAUCAUCACCAUAGCAUGCAUCAGCAACACAGAAUCUCUGCCAUCCAAAACGAGGCCAACGCAGGUUCUGGCAACUACAGCCGCACUCCAGAACUUCGAAUCAGUCACAAACUCGCAGAACGCAAGCGCAGAAGUGAAAUGAAGGAUUUGUUCGAGGAGCUCAACAGGGCUGUCCCAACCAACGGUGGUGCAAAGGCCAGCAAGUGGGAGAUCUUGACAAAGGCUAUUGAGCACAUCAAAAACACGCAAUCACAGGAAAGAGGCCUUGUUCAGGAGGUCAACCGUCUCCGCGAAGUAUCAGACUACUACCGUGAUGCUCAAGCAACGAUUGACAACCUUCAAACCGAGAUUUCAGUCAUGGCGGAACGUCUCAGAGCCUUGGAGCCGAACAACCCUCAAAUCUACGGCGCAUACACGUCGAAGAUGUCGCAAGCUAAUGCUCAGGCUUACGCAAAUGGGCAGCCUCGCCAAUUCUCUCUGCCAUCGAUGAAUGCCGGACCUCCGCCAUCGCAGCAUUACAAUGCUCCUGGCACCGCUCCCCAAGGAAUGCAGGGCGUCGAGUAUGGCAACGGUCCCAGGCAUCAUUAGAAGGAUCCACGUACAGGUGCAAAUCUAGGGUCAGCAGGAGGGGAUGCGAGAAUUCGAUCCGCAGAUCCUUUUCAAGACCGCCACCUACGACCGAACGACGAUAAUGGGGCGCAAGCUGGAGUCUAAUGCUUUGAAGGUGGGAUGCAUCUGGCACUGCCA